AUUCUGCUUUGAAAUAUUCCAAGGUACAAGGUAAAAAUAAGCUUAAAGUUAAACAGAGAGAGAGAGAGAGAGAAAAGAAAGGAAAAGGAAGAAAAGGAAAAAAUGUCACUUAAAGAAUAUAUCGUUCGUAUGAGAGAGGACUUAAUAGUUUGUAAAUUAUGUAAUAAUCUAUGGAUUGAUAGAGAUCCGAGAAUCUUGAAUUGUUCUCAUAUAUUUUGCUACGAUUGUUUAAAAGAUUUAUUAGAAGAGAGGAAUACAGAGGAGAAUUUCAAUUGUUAUUCUUGCGGGAAAAGUAUCGAUAUGCCAAAAGAAGGGGGAAUUGACGAAUUAAAUUGUUUCGAAAUAAUAAAAAGUAUCGAUUCAACAGAUAAUUCACAAUUAUCUGAUGAUAUGAACGUUCAAGAGGCGGGUGAAAAGAAAUUUGCUGUUAUGAACGAAAUAAAGCUUAUGGAGAAUGUUAUAGAAAGUACCAAUAAGGAUGAGAAUACUAAUUUAAACAAUUUAAGAAAUCACGUUAGAGGAGUUGAAAAGAUGUUUGAAAAGCAGGUUGAAGAUUUAAGCUUUGAAUUAAAAUUUCAAUAUCGAAGGCAUAGGCGUCUAAUAAGAUUGUAUAUAAGAACUUAUAAUUGGUUUAUUAACGUUCCUGAUAAGAAUUUAUUAUAUAAUAAAUCGAUAAUAAAAAGAAUUAAAGAAUUAAGACAGAAUGCUUUAUCUAUGAAAAUCGAUUUGAAAUUGAACGAUAAUUAUCUGGAAUCGAUUGGUCGUAUUGAAGUAUCAAAUACUGGUUCAUUUACUAAUUUUUUAAUAAAGAAACGUCAUAGAAUUAUUGGAGCCCCUUACGAAAUUGCCGAUAUUGCUAUUGGAAUGAAUGAAUUAUAUAUAAUUUGCCUAUAUUCUAAUACGGAAACAGAUGUUUGGAAGAUACUAUGUUAUAGUUUAGAUGGAGAUUAUUUAAAUUCUUGUAUAGAGAUUGAAGAAUUUACAGAGAAAUCGGAUAGAAAAUCUAAAAGAAAUUGGAUUGUUUCGAGAUGUAAAUCAGCUAUUAGCUAUGAUUGCUCUUCAUUAUAUCUAUCGGCCUUCUAUCCCAAUGAGAUUCAUAAACUUCAACUUUUCGGCAGAAGAGAAAAGAUGAAAAGAUUCUGUAAAAUAAACGCUCAAUACAUUUGCAGCGUUUUAGAAGGUCUGCUAAUUGUUGAAUCUGCCUCCUCUAGAAUUUUACUAUAUAGCGAUAGAGGUGAGAAACUUAAGACGUUUCCAAAUCGUCAUGAUAUACUGAGUAUCUGUAGUCUACGCUUACCAACCCUUGUCACUUUCGUUAAUACAUCAAAUGAACUAAUUAUUAUGAAUACCAAUAAUAGAAAUAAGAAAUCAAAGGUCAAUUGUCAGUGUCAAAUAACCAACUCUAUGGUUUUAAAGUCACUUAGUUCAUCAAUAGCUGUAAUGAAUAAAGAUAGGAAAUCAAUAUUUGAGCUCUAUUACAACGGAACAGCAUUCAGAGAUAUUAUCGUCUUUCAAGAAACACCAAUCUGCAUGACUUCAAGUUUUAGAGAAAAUAAGGAUUUUCUAUAUGUAAUAACAAAGAAUACUUCUGGUUUAUUAUGCUUAAACAUUUAUAAAUCUGUUGUAAAAGUUUAA